CACAACAUUACGGUAAUCAAAGUGUGAACUCUAAGAGCAAUUACCAUUGGAGCUCGAGGCGAACCAGACACCGAACGAAUAGCUGUGUUCGAAUCAUGGGUCGACUGGGUGAAUUUGUGGUGUUUUUCAUGGUCACUUUAUUUGUUGCUCAUGUUGUCAAAACGCUGUGAGUGAAAUGUUAUUUUCCUUUCUAAAUUGAACCGUGAAUGCUUGUCGAGUUGCUGUUUAAUGAGACGAAGGAAAUAUCACGCACUCCUUUUCAUUCUUCAGAAUAUUCAUAGGACAUUUCACUCAUAUUGUGAAUCACUCUCCCGGACCUUGCAGAGUAAUAGAAGGUAAGUCUAAUGAGGCUGCUUUGGAAAAACACCUCCAUGAAGCUGCAUGAAAUGUUUGAAUCAGUAUUUAAAAAUUAUGCUGCAUUAGGUGAUGGCUUUGGUCACGAGGCGUCCGCGCGCUCGAGCAUAGAUUCUGUCUGUGUAGCACAUUUUCACUUGAACAGCCCGGGUUGACAAGUUUCACACUUUAAUUUAAUUGCUAUUUCGUUCUCUCGACGAAUCAAUCGGGCUACUGACGGGUAAUCUCAUUUCCAUUUGAUCUGGUAGACAGGUCAGUUCCGUGACAACUGUGUAAGGCAAUAUCAACAACUUAGUCCAUCGGCGUGUAUGUCCCCCAGAACACAACAUAAACACUCUUAGAAACUGUAAUCGAUCUUUUCAUCGAGUAAGAGCAUGCACUACACAGUUCGAACGAGAGAGGGUGGCAAACAUGGGGUCCUGAUCCCGCUUCACGCACGAAUUUUAGAAAAAUUCAUGCAUCACGUGUACUUUAAGCAGUUUUCUUCUUGUAUGCGAGGUUUCGAUGAUUUCUUGAGGUUUUCGCGAAAGGAAAAAAAUUCACGGGUCACGUAUACUUCAGGAUGCAAAAAACGCUUCACUCUGGUUCAUAACUUCGCGUAUAACGCUCGCCUCUCCGGUGAAAUUCACGCCUUAAUCACGCGUCUCUUAUAAAUCAGGGUGCCCGUAGAAUCCCAGUUAUUUUAUAAAUGCUAAUGUCCCCCUCCUUACAAACGUCCCUCUGAUGUUGCCGCUGAAGCAAUUCUCCUGUCUGUGUCUUCAUGAGAAAAUCUUUUUUUUGCCUUUGGUGAUUUUCAGUGAAUGGCUCAGAGGAUCUCGCCCUCCUUAACGAUGGACUAGUGUUCGUGUCUUCUGUAAGUUUCUGCUGUUGUAAAUUUAGACAUCUCUGUUUAGGAGUUGGUCAUCAUUCCUUCGAGCUGUCUUAGCUUAAUUUUCAUUCCAUUUAAUAGAGGUUCCGUUGUAUGAAAAAAAUUUGUUGGCCUAUUUGCAGAGCGUAAACAAUAUUUUUGUAAUAAAGAUGUCUUAAUUUUUAAGCCAGAGGGAGAGGGGGAGGGGGGUAAAAUGCAGCCCAGUACCCCUCGAUACAACGUUCGCCUUCUCGUCAGACUCAGUCAAGUCUGUUCUAGGUGUUCAGGUUUAAGUUAGAACAGAGCGCGACAGUAAAUGAUGCUUUAGCAGCGGCGGAGCGUUGAUAGGAGGGAGGAUUGGGUCGAGUCGUUGGGAGGUCUAAAUCAGACCUCCCUCGUUUUUUCUCCUCAGCCGCUGGUAUCGCGCUUCGUUUCACUAACUGAACGCUUGGAACAGGCUAGACCUAGCCUUGACACGCGGGCGAGAAUAAAAAUUUGACGUUUGAUUUCUGAAGAUAUUUGACUUAAACUUGGUGAAUUUGUUUCAUAUUUAUUUAAUAGGGACUUCGUUACAGGCUCAGCAUCUCGUAUGACCCAGUGCUUGACACGCGUGAGGGCAAAAUUUUGACGUUUGACUUCAACAAAGCCAAUAAAAAUCCAGUAGAAUUGACGCUGAAGAAUUUUAAUCGUUCGGGGUUUAACCCGCACGGGAUCAGCGCGUAUCAGGAUCCAUCUUCUGGCGCGGUUUCCCUGUUUGUCAUAAACCACCGACCGGAUGCCCAAGCCAUUGAAAUAUUUGACUUCGAACGGGAAACUCACUCACUGAUUCAUCGGCGCUCUGUGGUGAAUGAACUGAUCUGGAGUCCAAAUAACUUACGUGCCGUAGGUAUGUGAAAUAAGUAGCCAUGCGAUCUUUCGGAGAGAAAAAAAAAAGUUCUACAUAGACCUAUUGAAUAAACAAAUUUUAAUAUAACGAGCAUACUAACUUAAGCGCGAGGAAACACAAAUGGGCGAUCAACUUCAGUCGUGCAUCUAAUUGAUUAGGAGAUAAGACAGACAACGAGUAAAGUACGGCAAAAAAAAUUGCAACCCGGAUUUUUAGGCUCAGCCUAUGCUAUGCGAAUAUGCAUGAAAAAUACAUUGUUCCCAGACUGAUAUUCAUGGAGAAAUACAGAUGUGUUAAUCAAGCAAGUAGUAUGGGCCGUCAUGUAUGAGCGUGAAAAUAGUUCUUGCGCGCGGCUCUCUCGCGCGCAUUUUCCCAGCCUGCAAACAAGCCCUUCUUAUUCGCGCUGCAAGACGUGCGUUUCUCCGUCCGCAGGAAGGUUUUAGACGAGACGAGGAGAGGUUUGUUGGGGUUCAGGUACCACUAAGUCUGCUAAACCAUGGUAGACCUCUCGCUAACUCACGUUGCUUGAAGGAUUAUACUUUCCCGCGGGUAAAAAAGAAAUACUCGUGCCGAACCGCUAAUUAGGCUUAAUUUAGCACCAUUGUUUUAAUCUUGUGUUACUUAUGAACUCUAAGUGAAUCUUGGAGAGACUUGUGACGAAAGCACUUUUGAUGGGUGGUUGUUUGAGGCUGUUGAAUCCUGGAUCCAGAUACUGAAUUUACCCAUUUAGGACUCUACCCUCCCUAGGAUAGAGAGAGAGUUUCUUGUAUAAGCUAAAUAUGAUGCAUAGAGGAAUGUAAGGAUUGUUUUUAGAACUGCAUAUCGAGCUUGGCUGCCCGUGCAUUACUUAAACUAAACUGUACACGCAAUUUUAAGUGGACCUCUCAACGGUCUUUUUAGAGAUAGUGCCAUCAUUGCUUCUCUGUAUGUUAUUUUUUCAGGUCCAGAUGCCUUUUACGUGACAAACGACAAUUUGUUUCGAUAUGGGACAGUACAGCAAUUGCUAUAUAUGUAUAUUUUAAACAACUUCUUUGCCUCAAAUAUUGUGUAUUUCGACGGAUUUAAGGCCAUCGAAGCGAUAAGUGGAGUCCAUCCUAACGGCAUAGCCAUGGAUAAAGACCAAAGGUAAGCGUUCAGUUUUGAUGCGAACUGAUUACAUUUAGCCUUUAACUCCCAUGAGUGGCCAAGACAAAUUUCUCCCUACAAUUUCUAUAUACAAUAAGUGAUGAGAAUAAAGAAAAACUUUCAAAUAGGGGAUUAUUAGUUGAUCCAAUACCAACAAAUUGUCCAAACUAAGAUUUAAAAAAUUGAAUGGCAUUUUGACUUGCGGAUGAUAUAAUAGUGAGGAAAAGAUCCACGCAAGUGGACUGCAAAAAUUAAAUGAAUCAGUGAUGGAUAAACUGUUGAAAGGGAGCCAGAAAAAAAUCCAAAGAUACUAGAUCAGAACGCCAAUCCUUAUAAAAACGCACACCCUUUGUUAGGAUUUGACAAAUAAUAAACAGGUGAAUGAAUAGACAAAUAAACUUGUGAAUAUACAAAAAGUAGGUGAUCGAAUUAUUAAUAUUCCUAAAAAAAUGGGAGGACUUCUCGUAAAACAUGUUUAAGUCCGUGUGGACCUGAGGGGAACGGAAUAGUAUGUUAUACAGCUUCUUCUUUACCUCUUUAUUUUUGUAUGUUUUCCCUCAAUUUGUUAAACAGCAGCCUUUGCAAAAGAUGCGUUUGAUAUUCUACUUAAGCUAAACUGUAAUCCUUUUAGUUUUGUCUUUGCGUCUGCAACCCAUGAUAACGGUGUGGCAGUUUACAGACGUCGUCGUGACAACACCUUGGAGGCUUCUCAGGUAAGUCGCUUAAACGAUAAAAAAAUUAUGAUUUAAAGUAUUUCCGUUAUUUAAAUUUGGCUUAGUUUUUCCAGGGAGAAAAUUGCUUACUUUUAACCAAGCUUAAGAAGCAUCAUUAACAGUGUUCUGACCAUUGAGAUCAUUGGCAUGACGUAGUUUGCAAGGACACGUCUCCGUUUUAUCAUUCGCAGAACGUGUUUGUGAAUCCACUAACACCUAAGAUUUUAUGCACGAUUCUCCCUUCUUGCUGCUAUACAUUUCGCUGUAAAUAAAUCAAAAGAAUUUAAUGUAGCAAAGCUGGUUGUAGUGAUCGGUACUCCCUGGUUGAGGAGAGAUUUCAUGAAAUAAAACCAGUGUAGUUUUUCUGGUCUGUGCUUUGUGGUUUUCUCCUAUGACGCUAAUUUUUAAUUAAAAUGGCACAGGCCCAUUUAUUCUUGUCUCUAUUUUCCUGUCUGUUGGAGAAUAAGAGCCAUCUACUUAAGUAUAAGUCACUUCGAGAAGCUGAAAGGUCAAUUGCUAUGGUCUUUUAUUCCAUCAUUUUGUUAUUUUUAUUGUGCAAAAUUAAUGAAACUUGUGAACGUGAUUUGGGGUCAGAUUGCUAACAUCAUUAACGAUGCGUACGGGACUUUGAGCACGAUACUCAACGAGCUUGCUUGAAAAUUCCGAAAGUGAUCUAAAGAGUCUCUAAGUCGAGACGAACCGCAGCGUCAUACCAGCUGCGAACUAUUAUCACCAGUAUAUUUGAAAAUUUUUAUUGUAUAUUUUCUGUAUGCAGGUGAUUAAAGUUGGAGCACAUGUUGACAACAUUAAUGUCGAUCCUGUUACCGGGAACCUUUGGUUGGCAACAGUACCGAAAAUUCUUGACAUCGUGGCGUACUCAAAAAACAUCAGCCACCCUAGUGCCUCUCAGGUUCUAGAGGUACAGUUAGGGAAAUCAUCUGCAUCUGGGAUCGCUUUUCCUUAUCACAAGGUUCGUGAGGUGUACAGGAAUGACGGAAAGGAAUUGUCUGCUUCCACAUCUGCUCUUGUCUAUAAGAGCCAACUCCUUGUUGGAACUUUAGCUACUAACAUGCUUUAUUGUGAAGUGAAGUACUAUUAAUUCGUCAGAAAACUAACUGCCCAAAAAGGCAAAGAGUGAUGCUUGUUUCCUGUAGAGCAUGCUGAGUUUCAAGCACGUUUAUCAAAGGUAGAAGACCCCUAAAUUCGUGAUACAAACGUUAUAUAACCAAAAUGUGGGAUAAUAUAAGUUAGUGUACUUUUUCUACCUUUAGCUGUUCGUAUGCAGCUCCCCCAGAAGUGCCCCAGAAUCAGAGGACUUGA